AUGGAAUGUGUAUCUGAAAUUCAACUCUCUGAAGUAGCUCCCCAGGAUGAAUGUCUAGUGGGCAAGGCUGCCCCAUCCUCACUACCACACACAUGGCUGACAUUUUUGAAGAUGGAGCUGGAAUUCCUAGGGGUAACACAAAUUCUGAUUGGUUUGAUUUGCUUUACCUUUGGAACCACUGUUUACUCAGUGUUUGAUAUUUCAAACGUGGAGCGAAAACCUGACAUUUUUUCAUCAUUUAAAACAGGCUACCCAUUCUGGGGAGCAGUAUUUUUUGCUAUUUCUGGAUUUUUGUCAAUUAUAUGUGAAAGGAAAAAUGCAACAUAUCUGGCGCAAGGAAGACUGGGAGCAAACACUGUCAGCAGCAUAGCUGCAGGAAUAGGAAUGAUCAUCCUCUUCAUCAACCUGCAGGAGAACUGGAUUCGUCUCAGCAGAUGCGAACAAGUUGAUUAUGAUAACAAUUGUUUUGCAGCUUCUUUUUCUACUGAAGUUGUGGCGCUGCUCCUGUUUCUCACCAUUUUGGAGUUUUGCAGUACUGUACCACUUAUUGUCUAUGGAGUUGCGGAAUUAUUCAAAAAAGUUACGAUUCCAGAUGAUCGUCUUUAUGAAGAAUUAAACAUAUAUUCUCCAAUUUACAGUGAGUUGGAAGACAAAGUGGAAACAUCUUGAUCCAAUGAUGCUUGA